GUACACCAUGUCAAGACUGAAAAAUUUUUAGCAUUUUGUGGUAUUCCAAAGUAGGAAGAACUUUUCUUUGUUUUGUCAGUUUUCAUAUUGUAAGUUGUCUAUUGGCUUCUAAGCUGCAUAUAUACCAGGGUAUUUCUAGUAAUCCUUAUUUCAUAGGUCAGGAGAAAUUAAUGAGAAUUUAAUUUGUUAACAUGGCUAUAAUGUGCUUGGUGGUCCCCAGUGUCACUGGAAGAAUACCCAUGCUAAUUACGUUUGUGUUUUUACAUGAGUCUCGGUGCUAUUGAGGCAGACAUUGUCAGUCAGAAGUCAUUUUCUGCUCUGUCGUGCAGACAUGCCAAGAUUUCUUCGUAAGUUUGAAAUCUUCAUGUUUUUAGCAAGAUAAAAUGAUUGUUCAUUGUCUGGUGCUUUUAACUGGUCCCACUGGAUAGGGUAAUGAAUUUGAAACUCUGUGGUUCACAGGGGACAGUUUAAUCUCCAAGGGAUUUGAUUUCCGCCCAAAGAUGGGUAAAUAUACCCAAUAUCUUUAAGGAGAUAUAAUGUGAUAUAAAGUCUUUAUACCACUAAAGAGCUUAUUAAUUAUUAUGUUAGCAUUGAUUUGCUGACAAAAAUAUUGGUACCUUGGGACAAUAGUCUGGAUGAGAUGUAGCAGUUUUAUGUGUCAAACAAACAGGAGUGACAGCAAGCUUUCCACAUAAGAAAAGAUACAAACCUGAUGGGAAGAUAAUCACAAUGGAGAGAACAGAAGCAGAGGACAGUAACACUUUACUGCUUUUAACUGCUAAGAAACUACACUCUGUAUAGACAGAAGCAUAUUGAUUUACAUAAGGCAACUGUAUAUCCACUUUUGUAUGCAUGCCAUAUUGCAUAUGGACUCAUUUGGAUAGGUCAUACACCACAUGGACCACAAUCAAAGCACAUGUAGCAUCUGUUGUUGCUUGUGCUUGAUGGUUAGACAUUUGUGGAUAUUGAUAACAUGCAAGCCCUGUAUUGAUAAUGAAUGUGUUAAGUGAUGGGUUUAAAGAGCUAUUAUUAUUCUACAAGUGUCAUUGUAGUGCAACUGGAAAAUGCAGUGAGCAAUGAAAUACACUAAGUAGCUGAAGCAGAGAAAAGGGAUUUAGAUUAAAAUUAAAAUGGUGCCUGUUAAAGAGCUGCAGUUGCCAGGCUACUGACACUGCAGUUUUGUGUGUGGUGUGACACAACACUCAGUCUUUUCUCCUGCAUCCUGUAGUAACUGCAUUAUUCUGUGAACAUCAAGGUUUAGCUCCUCCUAUCUGUCAAGUAAAGUGAUUUCAUUCUACAAUCAGAAAAAUAUUUUCCAUUUUUGGGACCAGCAAGGUACUGGAAUGAACAUGGAAAAUCUAAAGUGCUUUGCAAAAAAUGAUACCUAUGCUAAGGCAAAAAUGUCACAUGUGAAGCAAGUAGGACUUCUAGCUGCUGGAUGUCAGCCAUGGAACAAGGAUAUAUGUGCCGCUAGUGGGGACAGAUUUGCCUACUGUGCUACACUUGCUGUUUAUAUUUAUCAGCUGGACCACCGAUACAAUGAAUUCAAGCUCCAUGCGAUUAUGUCUGAGCAUAAGAAGACAAUCACAGCCAUAUCUUGGUGUCCCCACAAUCCUGACGUGUUUGCAAGUGCCAGUGCAGAUAGUUUAGUGAUCAUUUGGAAUGUGAAUGAGCAGAAAGUUGUGGCCAAGCUGGAAAAUACAAAAGGAAUUCCUGCAUCCCUUGGCUGGUGCUGGAAUGCAGGUGAUGCAGUUGCAUUUGUGUCCCAUAGAGGUCCACUAUACAUUUGGACUGUCUCAGGACCUGACAGCGGGGUAACUGUGCAUAGAGAAGCACAUAGUUUCCUGUCAGAUAUCAGUCUGUUUAGAUGGCAUCCGAAGAAAAAAGGAAAGGUGGUUUUUGGACAUACUGAUGGCAGCCUAUCUAUUUUUCAACCAGGUUCUAGAAAUCAGAAACAUGUCUUAAGACCAGAGGCUCUUGAAGGAACAGAUGAAGAAGAUCCAGUUACAGCUCUGGAGUGGGACCCUUUGUCAACUGAUUACCUCCUUGUUGCUAAUUUACAUAAUGGUAUUCGACUUGUUGAUUCUGAAUCUCUGUCCUGUAUCACAACUUUCAGUUUUCCCAGUGCAGCAGCAUCUGUUCAGUGUUUAGCCUGGGUUUCUAGUGCACCUGGAAUGUUUAUAACUGGAGAUUCUCAGGUUGGUGUGUUACGUGUUUGGAAUGUUUCACGUACAACACCUAUAGAUAAUUUUAAAUUGAAGCAGACUGGUUUCCAUGGCUUGCAUGUGCUGAGUUCUCCUCCGAAGAAAAAGUCAUGUUCAUCACAGUUUCCUACUAAAAAUCACCAUACAUCUUCCACAAGUGAGGCUGUUCCUCCUCCAACUUUGACCCAAAACCAAGCGUUUUCUCUUCCUCCUGGUCAUACUGUCUGUUGCUUCAUGGAUGGUGGAGUGGGGCUUUAUGACAUGGGAGCCAAAAAGUGGGAUUUCCUUAGAGAUUUGGGACAUGUUGAGACCAUCUUUGAUUGCAAAUUCAAACCUGAUAACCCUGAUCUUCUUGCUACAGCUUCAUUUGAUGGCACAGUAAAAGUUUGGGACAUAAAUACUUUAUCAGCGGUUUAUACAUCUCCUGGUAAUGAGGGGGUUAUUUAUUCAAUUUCUUGGGCUCCAGGAAAUCUGAACUGCAUAGCAGGUGGAACAUCCAGAAAUGGUGGCUUUAUCUGGGAUGUUCGAAAAGGCAAAAUGAUAACCAGAUUCAGUGAGCAUGGAAAGAAUGGAAUCUUCUGCAUUGCCUGGAGUCAUAAAGAUUCCAAAAGAAUAGCAACCUGCAGCAGUGAUGGAUUUUGUAUUAUUCGAACCAUUGAUGGCAAUGUUCUUCACAAGUACAAGCAUCCAGCUGCAGUGUUUGGUUGUGAUUGGAGUCAAAACAACAAAGAUAUGAUAGCUACUGGUUGUGAGGAUAAAAAUGUUCGUGUUUACUACUUGGCAACCAGCUCUGAUCAACCACUGAAAGUUUUUACUGGGCAUACUGCAAAAGUGUUUCAUGUACGGUGGUCUCCUCUCAGAGAAGGAAUCCUCUGCAGUGGCUCUGAUGAUGGUACUGUUCGGAUAUGGGAUUAUACACAAGAUGCUUGUAUAAAUGUUCUUAGUGGACAUACAGCUCCAGUACGGGGACUGAUGUGGAAUCCUGAAAUUCCUUACCUUCUAAUAUCUGGCAGUUGGGAUUAUACAAUUCGGGUCUGGGACACAAGAGAUGGAACAUGUUUGGACACAGUUUAUGAUCAUGGUGCAGAUGUAUAUGGAUUAACAUGUCAUCCUAGUCGUCCAUUUACUAUGGCAUCCUGCUCUCGUGAUUCCACUGUGAGACUCUGGUCAUUGACACCUCUUAUAAACCCUCUACAAAUAAAUAUCAUAACAGACAGAUGUUGGGAUGAUAUUGUCGGCAAUACAGAUCGCGCUGUGGAGUCUGGAGCUUCUCCUUUGCUGUGUGGUAAAGUUUCCAGGGAUAUUAAACAAGAAUUGGAAAAAUUGUCAGGAAAUCUUCAAGGAAAAAAACUGAGGUGGUUUUCAGAAUUUUUUUCACCUCCAGGAGGCAGCAAAAAUUUAUGGGACUUGGUUGCUGUAAUAAAAGGACAGGAUGACAGUUUGCUUCCACAGAACUACUGCAAAGGAAUUAUGCAUAUGAAGCACCUCAUUCGCUUUAGAUUGUCCAAGGCACAAGAACUGACAACAGUAAAGAUGUCUAAGUUUGGAGGUGGUAUUGGUGCACCAACCAAAGAGGAAAGACUCAAAGAAGCUGCAGAAAUACAUUUAAGAUUAGGACAAAUUCAGCGAUAUUGUGAGCUAAUGGUAGAACUUGGAGAGUGGGACAAAGCGCUCUCAGUUGCACCUGGUGUAUCAAUGAAAUAUUGGAGGAAGUUAAUGCAAAGGAGAGCUGAUCAGUUAAUUCAGGAAGAAAAUGAUGAUGUUAUCCCAUACUGUAUAGCUAUUGGAGAUGUGAAGAAACUGGUUUCUUUCUUUUCUUCAAGAGGUCAGCUUAAAGAGGCUCUGCUUGUUGCACAGGCAGCUUGUGAAGGAAACAUACAGAUGUCACCACUCUCCACAGCAAGCGGAACUGCAUAUUCUGGUGGAAACAAUACAGAUGAUUAUAAUGAUCUCCUGCAGAAGGUCAGUAAAGAACUGGCCGAUUGGUAUUUCCAGGAUGGCCGUGCGGUGCUUGCAGCAUGUUGUCAUCUGUCUGUUGAAAAUAUAGAGCUUGCGAUGGCAAACCUGAUUCGUGGAAAUGAACUGGAGUUGGCAAUCAGUGUGGGUACUGUCUUGGGAGAAAGUGCAGCACAAGCAACACAUUAUGCCCUAGAAUUACUAGCAAGAAAAUGUAUGGCAGUAAUAGCAUGCUUCCCAUCAUUUGGAUACAGGGAUUUAGCAGUUGAUCUUCUUAUGAUGAUUCCUGAUAAUAAACUGCAGUUAGUAAAACUAUGUGCUUUUUAUCCUGGAUGCAUAGCAGAAAUAAAUGACCUGCAUGAAAAGUGUAAUCUUCCUGAUGUAGAAGAAUGUAUGCAAUUGGCAGAGACAAUUCAGGCAGAUGGGGAUGUAUUUGAAACAAUAAAGUACUAUCUGUUAAGCACAGAACCUGAAAAGGCUCUCCCUGUUGGCAUUCAGUAUGUGAAAGAACAACUUUGUGGUUCAGAUUGGACUUUAGAUUCAGUCUUUCCGUAUCUUGAUCUUCUAAGUUACAUACGGACUGAACAGUUAAUGUUGCCGAAGUGUAGUGAAUUUCGGAAUGAGUUGCUGAUUUUGUGUGGUUACGUUGGUGCUUUACUUGCUAUCAGAAGACAGUACAAUAGCAUUGUACCUGCACUGUAUGAGUAUACAAGUCAGCUUUUAAAAAGACGAGAAGUAUCUGUACCUUUGAAAAUUGAACAGCUUUCUGAGGAAUUAGAUGCAUGGAGAGCUUGCACACAAUCAAACAAGUCUACAGAUGAAUUGCCAUGCACCCCACCCUCUGAAUCGCAGAGAGCGCUGUAUUCAGUAAUCAUAUCACGAAUUCAGGAGGAGCCUCUGAAAGGAAUGGUUGGGCCAGACUGUGUCACUGGAUCAAAUCUUCCCAGUCAUUCAGAUGUUCAUACCUCUUGUUUGACAGGGCUAAAGAUCCAGGGUCCUGUGUUCUUUCUUGAAGAUGGAAAAUCUGCUAUUUCAUUGAAUGAUGCUUUGAUGUGGGCCAAAGUGAAUCCUUUCUCACCACUAGGAACAGGAAUACGACUUAACCCAUUUUGAUGAGGUGUUUCUGCUGUACUUUAUAGUGCUUAAAAUAACAUUCUGGGGGUUAAUGCUGAUUUAACCUUGAUUGUAAAAGGACAGAAAGGUGGUAGUUGAUUCUUUCUGAAGGUCAAUGUUUUGAACUUUGAAAAUUGUAAAAUGAGAACAAAAGGAUUUCUAUACAAACAUUUGUUGAGAAUCCAAAGAAAAAGUUAUUUAAUAAUCCAAAGAAAAAGUCCUAAUUUCAUAUACAGCCAUGUCAUUUUUUUAGUAAGGAUGUUGUCGUCUGACAAUUAUUUUUGUCAACUCUGUGUGAAUAGAUACUUUGUAAAGUAAGCAACUACCUACAUGUUACCAAAAUAUUGAUAACAAACCCAUAAACAGUCUUUCAAAUAUAUAAUAAUAGAAUGACUUUAUUGACAGUAACUGCAAACUGUUUUUAGAAUGACUGGAAUGUUUUGGCUGUUUCACACUGUCCCCCUUUUUAAUUUGAACCAAUUUUUACACACAGGGCUCUAUAGCAAAAGUAAAAUUUAGAGUAGAUGUUUUUUUCAUCCACUUGUUAUUGUGUUUUAAUAGCAGUACAAAUAGAAGGUCACUUUUGUUUAGAUUGUCUAUUUAUUGUUUAUUUAUUUAGAUUAUCUAGAUUACAAAAUUCUAUUUUUUAAUAGGAUCAUAUUUGGCAACAUCCCCCGUUAUACUUUCACUGGAGGCUAAAACUCUUUAUAAAUUUUUUUUUAACAAAGGCUUUGUAUAGGACAAACAGUAUAUUUAUUGAAGUUAUUUAACUAUGCUAUGUAUAUUUUAAAUGCUUGUUUUCUUUUUACAUUUUUUAUUAGUUAUAAACAUGCAUAUUGUAUGACAGACCAGAAGUAAAUACUUGUGCAUAGAUAUUUUUAUUUACUAAAUCUGCACUCAAAUGGAAAAACAGUUAUGGCAAUAGAAUACUAAAAUGUUUAAACUUAAAAGCUCUGUAUAGUAUGGAAUUUAAUUAAAAGGCAAAUAUUAUACUCAUUAUUCUUAUUAAUAAUUCUUAUAAUCAGAAUUUCUCACCUGUAGAAAACAUACCUUUGUUACAAUACUCUCUAUUAGCUUAAUUGAUGGCAUAUAAGCAGAAAACUACUUUAUCUGUUCUUAUAUUUUUAGCUCCUGCUUUAAAAUAAAUUUAAAAUUUUAUUUAAGUUCCUGACAGUUACAUGAAAUGUAAAGAGGUUGCAAUUAAAAAUUGCCAGAAUUAUUUCUAUAGCAACUGUUGUAAAACUGGAAAUAGUAUCAAGUCCUAGCAGAUCCUAUCAAACAGUCCUCAAUAUAGAGGUAAGCCUUGCCCUUAUUUAACUAUAGAAAUAACAGUACCACCAUGCUCUUUAAAAUGGUAAAAUUUCAGUCUGGCAAUGUUCUAGAGUAUUAUUACAGGGUUUCUGGGGUAAGAAUAUAUUGGGCAGAGGGAACACAGCUGUUUUGUACCCUAAAAACCCCAUUUUUGUACAUACUUGGGUGCUGGAACUGAGUCUUUUACUUCCUUCAAUAUUCUUUGAAAAUGUUUUUCCUUUGUUUACUCUGCGGAGCUUGAAGAAGAAGAAUCUGUUUCAGAAGUUAAAAUUCAUAGUUUUUUAAAGAAUUUUCCAUAAGUCAGUAUCUGAUCUUGCUUCUGUCAUGUGAAAGACUAUCUGUCUUUUAGCACAGAAAUUGUACAACCUGGUAUGUAAAAGUCAUUGAUACAGAGGUGGAGAGCAAAGGUAAGAACCGAACGUGCAGCCCUAUGACUGAUGCUUGGGAUCUGAACCAUUGAUUCAACUGCCAUUCUAAUAUAUUUUAAAUCUUCUGUUGUAUCAUAAGGAUUUUUACUAAUAUUUCACAGUUAAAAUACCUUAAAUAUGAAGUAAAACUGUAUCAAUGUGUUGCACAUAAAUUGUGCCUUAACAUGGAAUCUUGGGCAAAUCUACUCCCUCUAAAUUACAGAGUGAGGGUUAAGAAUUCUUUCCUUACUAAAAUACCAAAAUUAAGUCAAAGGGCAUUUUUUAUAUUUGGGAUCCAUCAGGUAACAUUCAUAGUGAAUAACAUGAGGUUGCAUUUUCCCUGAAUUUGCUUAUACAGUGGUAAGUGAGGGGAAUAUGCAGAAAAAGUUGUAAUUGUGUCUGCUGUUACAGCUGUGGUCGCACCUGUCAACUGGUUCAUCAUUUUCAAAAAUAAUUUCAGAUUGCUAAUAUGUAACUUCAUUGUCUAGUACAGCAAGUCAAAUACAGGUAUCUGCCCCUAAAUAUUAAAGAAUACUUUGUCUUCAAAAGAC